GGGUCCCAGAAACCUCUGAGAAUUUUAAAAAAUGCACUGAAGUAUCAGUGCCUUUGCAUGUUUAGACCUUUUGCUCAAAGUGCUCCAGAGGAUUAGGAGGUUUCUCGGACACCCAACCGUACUCAUAUGAAUCAGUUUAGUGUCUACUUGCCUUGUGUCUACCGCUGAGCUUUAAUUAGGGCCAGAGCCCGAGCCACUUGUACUUAUGUCUAUCUGUUUGUGACUGUUCAAUUGUAUCUAGUAUUUAUUGUAUCUAAAUGUCUCAUCUCAUGGGCAGAGAAUUAAGCGUAAUCAGUAUUCAAUGUUCAAUCGCACCUCAAACGACGGCGUAGUGAUUAAGUAACCUUACCGAAUUUCUUUUCUGCGGAAAUCCCCUUGAAUCAGUCGUCUGCCAGCCCCCUUCUAGUGAGCAAUGUUUCACCGCGCCGCCUUUCUUGCUGCUCUUGCGCUAAUCUGUGCCAGCCAUUUGGCUGUGGGUUUGAGCAUAACAGUGCCUGGAACGAAGUGGUGCGGUCCCGGCAACAUAGCCACCAGCUAUGACGAUCUCGGCACUGAGCGGGAGGUGGACAUGUGCUGUCGGGCGCACGACAACUGUGAGGAGAAGAUUGCGCCGCAAGAAGAAGCCUUUGGUCUGCGGAACGACGGAGUUUUCCCCAUAUUCUCCUGUGCCUGCGAGGCUGCCUUUCGCAGCUGUCUCACCGCCCUGCGCAACGGGCACUCCCUGACUCUCGGCAAGAUUUACUUCAGUACCAAGGAUGUCUGCUUUGGCUACGGACACCCCAUCGUUUCCUGCCGGGAGAAGCAGGCGGAUCUGUUCGAGACGCGAUGUCUCAGCUACCGAGUGGACGAAGGUCAGCCGCAGCGAUGGCAGUUCUACGACUUGGCACUCUACACACACGUCAGCGGCAGUGAGGAGGACUCCUGAGAUUGAGCUUUGACAUCCGGCGAUAACCCCUUGAUUGUUUACAAACGAUUGUACUGAAAUGGAAGCUGAUCAUGAUUAGGAUUAUGAAGGUGGGAGUAAUGUGUGAUCAAUUUGUAAAAAUAUAUGUAUGUUCUUGUUUGUCUGGCCUGAAAAUACUUAUAAAAACACUACUUGUGAA